AUGUCUCCAGCUAGCGAGAGAGACUCUUGCGCGAGGAGCCUCAGUCAUUCAGUACAAGAACUGGCUGGGAAUUCAAGUGCCCAUAAUUUGAGAUCGCGUAGUCCGCGUUUAGAACAAUUGAUAGUAUCUUCACCGAGCUACGCCAUUGACGUAGCUGCUCCCGUAGCCACGAAGCCGGACAUGGGUCCGUCGCGGCAGACAACCACCUGA